AUGGUUCAAGCGUUUCAAAAAUCAAUAAAUUUUCAUAAUAGCCACAAAACCAGAUCAAAAACACAAAAAAAAAUAUAUAAAAAAUCAUUAUUUUAACACGGCGCACGAACUUUUUCCUCAACCUAAUCAUUUGUUGUUUUUUUUAUCUACACUAGGCCUACUACUGUGCUAGAAGCCACCCUUUUGUCUCCUAUAAUUUACCAGAUAUAACUCGUGCAUUUUCGGCGUUGAUUGGUCUUUGGCGCCGUCUACUGAGAGAAAACGGAUUUUUUUCCAGUAUAAUUAGUUUUCAACAGUAAUAUUGCUUUUUCAUUUUAUAGGCCGCAUCUUUCUCUGCAAUCUCACAUCAUUUGAUUCUAGACAGAGAGAAAAUUCCAGUUAGAAAAAAACUGAUCUUUGCUCUAUUACUUACUUUGCAAGUUAUGUCAGGUGAGAUUUCAAAGCGUAAUGUAGAGGUAAAGAAAAAAUUGGAAAUAAUUAUUAUAUAAAUUCUAUUAUAUUUUUGAAAAUCGAGGAAAAAGAAUUGAGGAAAAUUUCGUCCACAAAACGUCCGGUGGGAUUUUCGAUUUUGUUUUUUCGAUAUCUCGAUAAAUUAUACUCCAAUAAAGAUCAAAUAUUAAUAAUUUUUGAAGCUCAUGAGGUUUGAUGUUUGGUAAAAGAAAUGAAACUGAAAUAUUGCAUUAUUCAGGAGAAAUUUGAAAGUUACGUCCGCGAAGAUUUUUAAGAAAGAAAUGUCCGAUGAGAUUUCUACAUGCGUGUCGUUUUUCGAUGUGGUUUUGCGUAUCUCGCAUUCGACUUUGGUUUUCAAUAAAAGUGUCCCUAAGCCGAGGAAAACGAAUUUUAGCUGAAAAACCAAGGUUUUCUUGGAGACCCUGUAGUCGGACGUAGGAACUAUUCCGCAUCUUUGCACAUGCACUACUGAUGUAGAACAUUGGGACGAACGUUUCCAUGUAAUUUGCAAUCAAGUUGGAUUUUAGCGAAAUUUAGCGGACACAUUGUACUGGGCAUAUCUCUCGGGAUAAGCGUUCAGUUUGGAAAACCAUUUUCUCUCACAUAGUGUGUCCAACCAGAGAAAGAUUUUCUCUUACAUAAUGCUCGACGUGGCUAGAUUCAAUCUGUAUCAUUUUUAUAUUUAUCACCAGUCGAUUUAAUGAAGAAGUUUAUUCUCCCAAACCCUAAAUGUUUUUCGAUAGCUGUUGGUCAUGAAUUUUCCGAUGAACGAAGACAGUUGUAAUAAAAAAUUUUAUGCUAUCGGAUAAAGCACGUCAGAUAGUAUAUCGAACUGUAUUGAGACUCAAAAAAGUACACUUUCGAUCUUUCGCUAAAUGUCCGCCUGGGUGCCCACCUAGCGAAGUAAAAUAUUCGAAAACUGAUAUGUACUUUUUUUAGAACCAAUAAGACGAGUCUAAUGAUAUAAAAUUAUUGGAUUCAUUUCAUAUCUAAAAAGACUUACAGCUUUUGACAGAUACGGAAGCGGAAUUUUCAACGUUGGUAACAAACCAAAACUGUUUAGGUGAAAUAAUAUUUGAACAGCAUCGAAGAGAUAUUUUUUAGAUUCAGUUUUCCACGUAGAACAAGAAUUAAAGCUUUCAAGGUUCCCAAAACGUUAUAUUAAAGAUGUACGCUCAUUUUUAAAAAAUAAGCCGUUUCUUCCAGUUUUGAAGAUUUCAGUUUUUCAAAAUUCUCGACCACAAAAACUUUUUCGAAAGUCUAAAACAAACAUACUCCGACUCAGCUAAGCGAGCUCUAUCGAACCAUAUAUAAAUAUCGCAGAAAUAAAAUGCACUGGAGUUCUAAAUUUCCGGCACCUUAUAUUACACCAGAUAAUCACAGAAAGUGAAUAUUAGUUUCGCUCUAGUAUCUGUUUAAAAUGUAUAAAAAGUUUAAACAAGGCUUUUGUACUCUUAGGACAAAUUUCGGACACGUAGGAGUCACUUCGGAUCUACCCGGAUCCAUGGGGGUCUUUUUGGAUCCAUGCGGAAACCCUGAUCCGCUUUUCCUCCCUUGUAUCUAUCCCUGUAAAAAGCUAAUAUAUUGCGAUGUUAAAUUUUUGCAUUAUAACAUGGUUUUCCAAAGAUUCGCUAGAAAAUCAUUUGUACUUAUAAACAUAUAGGCUAAACUGUUCUCUAUCGAUUGUUGAAAAUCGUAAGUCACUGUCUUUUACUGUCUCUAAGUUAUGAACAAAACAACUACCUGUUUUAUUUUGUGGGAUAGAUAACACAAAUAUUCAGAUAUAAUAUGUCUAUAUACCAUUGUAUGCAAAUUGAAAAAUUUUUUUGAUCAAAGUUAAGCGUGGGAAAAGUAUACAAUAUAUAUUUCAAUUCAAAAUAGGAAAAAAAAUACUGUGUUAAUCACGUUUUUGCAGAGGGUAAACUAUUUUUCUGCAAAGUUUUUUCUUCUUUAAUGAAGAAACCAUAAUAAUUCUACUUACAUUCGUAUUUUUUUUGCGUUCUGUCCAAAAUUUUUUAUUUGUAUUGAACCGAUUGCAUAUAUGAAGAAAAAAAAGAUGACGGAAGGAUACAUUGUGUGUUUUUGUUUUGAUGGCUCUUUUUUAUUCGGAUUCUCAUGUCAUUAUUAACCAAAAAACUCAUUCUAUUUUUCGAAUUUAUAACCAAAAAGCCAAGAAAAAAUUUAAUUUUUGAUCAAAAUUAUUCGGAAUAGCAACAUGUGUAAACAAUUUCUUCUAAUUCUUCUUCUCAUCUUUGUAAAUUGGUGUCGUCCUCAGAUUGUGAGGUGAGAUACUUUAUCCUUAAAUAAUAAAUCGCUAAAUUAAUUUUUCUUCUACUUUAAAGUAUAUCUGUGAAACGUAUCCCACAAACAACAGAGACAAAAAAAUAUUUAUCAGUUAACUCAAAAACGGCUUAUUCGAAUUUAACAAAUGUAUAUGAUUACUAUUGGGUAGGUGACAUAUCAAUAGGUACGCCCGCUCAAGCAUUUAUAAUCGAUUUUGAUACAGGAUCCUCAGACCUGUGGGUCCCGUCGAGCUACAAAAACAAAUUUUAUAGUUCUCAUUCAUCAACUUAUCGUGCAAAUGGCUCGAGUUUUUCUAUUCAUUACGAAGAUGGUUCGCGUGCCACGGGACACUGGAGCUUGGAUACAGUAUCGAUCGCUGGUUUAUCAGUAACAGGCCAGGGAUUUGCUGAAGCAACCUACUUGUCAGGCUUUGAUUCAUCACUGAACGAUGGAUUGUUGGGAAUGGCUUAUCCAUCAGUAGCUACAGGAGGCGAACAACCUUUCUUUUACAACCUCUGGAACGCAAGCUCGCCUGGUGGAGAGUUAAUUCUCGGCGGAGUUGAUACAACAAAAUAUCAAGGUGCUAUUACUUAUGUAUCUGUAAAUAUUCAAGGUUAUUGGGAAUUUACCAUGACUAGGUAUUGCUUUUUUUCACCGAAUAUACCCUCGAUUGUAACAAAAGUAAAGCGCGGUUCCCCAAUAUCACCUUUAAUAUUGGUGGACAAUCCUUCUCCCUCAGUGUUACUCAAUACACCAAUAUUGAUACAUCAAGUAGUCAGACCAUUUGUUACAGUUCACUGCAUUCAAUUUAUGGAAGGUCCCAUACCACCAAAAUCGGGACAAUUAAUGGGCAAACAAGAAAAAAAACAAGCAGAAUCAAAUAUUAUAUCUUGCUGA